AUGUGCACGUUUGACUUGCCAGAUACAAAAGGAGUAAAACCUGUGUAUAAAGAGAUUGCAAAGUAUGAGAGUAUGAUGAAGAAAAUCCUUAAGAUUAUUGCUCUUGGAACAGUAACUAAUGUGGAAGAAGCAGUAAAGUGGAUAAGUUACACUUAUCUUUAUGUACGGAUGAGAGCAAAUCCAUUAGUAUAUGGCAUCAGUCACAAAGCUUAUCAGAUGGAUCCAAGUCUAGAAAAGCACAGGGAACAGUUGGUAAUUGAAGUCGGCAGAAAACUGGACAAAGCCCGCAUGAUUCGCUUCGAAGAACGAACUGGCUUUUUUUCUUCAACAGAUUUAGGCAGAACUGCUAGCCACUACUAUAUUAAAUACAAUACUAUCGAGACUUUCAAUGAACUGUUUGAUGCUCAUAAAACAGAAGGUGAUAUUCUUGCUAUAGUAUCAAAAGCUGAAGAAUUCGAACAGAUAAAGGUAAGAGAAGAAGAAAUAGAAGAGCUGGAUACCUUACUGAAUGAUUUCUGUGAACUUCCUGCUCCAGGAGGUGUGGAAAACAAUUAUGGAAAAAUUAAUAUCCUCCUUCAAACAUAUAUUAGCAGAGGGGAGAUGGAUAGCUUCUCUCUUAUUUCAGAUUCUGCUUAUGUUGCACAGAAUGCAGCUCGUAUUGUUCGAGCUCUUUUUGAGAUUGCCCUUAGGAAACGUUGGCCUGCAAUGACCUAUCGACUACUGAACCUCAGCAAAGUCAUUGACAAGCGGCUGUGGGGCUGGGUUAGCCCUUUGAGACAGUUCUCAGUGCUACCACCAUCAGUCCUCACAAAGUUGGAAGAGAAGAAUCUCACUGUAGACAAGAUGAAGGACAUGAGAAAAGAUGAAAUAGGUCAUAUGCUGCAUCAUGUGAAGAUUGGGCUAAAGGUAAAACAAUGUGUCCAUCAAAUACCCUCCAUCAUAAUGGAAGCCACGAUCCAGCCAAUUACCCGCACGGUGCUCCGCGUGCGGCUGAGCAUCGCUCCCGACUUCACGUGGAACGAUCAGGUACACGGCACUGUUGGAGAGCCUUGGUGGAUUUGGGUAGAAGACCCUACCAAUGACCACAUUUAUCAUUCAGAGUACUUCAUCAUUCAAAAAAAACAGGUCAUUACUAGAGAACCUCAACAGCUGGUGUUCACAAUCCCAAUUUUUGAACCUCUUCCAUCUCAAUAUUACAUUCGAGCUGUCUCCGAUAGAUGGUUAGGAGCAGAGGCUGUGUGUAUCAUAAAUUUUCAACAUUUGAUUCUUCCAGAGAGACAUCCACCUCACACAGAGCUUCUAGAUCUUCAGCCUCUACCUAUCACAGCCUUGGGACAUCGGGAAUAUGAAGUCCUGUACAAAUUCACCCACUUCAACCCUAUCCAGACCCAGAUAUUUCAUACACUUUAUCACACAGACUGUAAUGUGCUUCUUGGAGCGCCUACAGGUUCUGGAAAAACUGUUGCAGCUGAAUUAGCCAUCUUUAGAGUUUUUAAUAAAUAUCCCACAUCAAAGGCAGUGUAUAUUGCACCUUUAAAAGCACUCGUUCGUGAAAGAAUUGAGGACUGGAAAGUUAGGAUUGAAGAAAAGCUUGGUAAAAAGGUUGUAGAGUUGACAGGAGAUGUGACUCCUGAUAUGAGAGCGAUUGCCCAAGCUGACUUGAUUGUUACUACACCAGAGAAGUGGGAUGGUGUCAGCAGAAGCUGGCAGAACAGAAGCUACGUUCAGAAGGUUUCCAUUCUUAUCAUAGAUGAGAUCCAUCUGCUAGGGGAUGAGAGAGGGCCAGUAUUGGAAGUCAUUGUGUCUCGAACAAACUUCAUCUCAUCUCACACGGAGAAGCCUGUGAGGGUAGUUGGUUUGUCCACUGCUUUAGCAAAUGCCAGAGAUCUCGCAGACUGGCUAAAUAUUAAUCAGAUGGGUCUGUUCAACUUCCGACCAUCAGUACGGCCAGUUCCUCUGGAGGUGCACAUUCAGGGCUUCCCUGGCCAGCAUUACUGUCCUCGCAUGGCUAGCAUGAACAAACCUGCAUUUCAGGCAAUUCGGAGUCAUUCUCCAGCCAAGCCUGUGCUUAUUUUUGUGUCAUCCAGACGUCAGACAAGGCUUACUGCUUUAGAUCUGAUAGCUUUCCUAGCCACAGAGGAUGAUCCCAAACAGUGGCUGAAGAUGGAUGAAAGAGAGAUGAAUGACAUUAUAGUGACAGUUAGAGAUUCAAAUCUGAAGCUGACACUUGCUUUUGGAAUAGGUAUGCACCAUGCAGGUCUGCAUGAGAGAGACAGGAAAACUGUGGAAGAAUUAUUUGUGAACUGCAAAAUCCAGGUUCUUAUUGCCACAAGCACAUUAGCUUGGGGUGUAAAUUUUCCAGCUCAUUUAGUAAUUGUUAAAGGAACAGAAUACUAUGAUGGAAAAACAAGGCGUUAUGUGGAUUAUCCCAUUACAGAUGUACUUCAGAUGAUGGGACGUGCUGGCAGGCCACAGUUUGAUGACCAAGGAAAAGCUGUAAUUCUAGUCCAUGAUAUUAAGAAAGACUUCUACAAAAAAUUCCUUUAUGAACCUUUCCCAGUGGAAUCAAGCUUGUUAGAAGUGCUGGCUGACCACUUGAAUGCCGAAAUUGCUGCUGGCACUAUUACUUCUAAGCAGGAUGCAAUGGAUUAUAUCACCUGGACUUACUUCUUCCGUCGACUCAUAAUGAACCCAACUUACUAUAACUUGGAUGAUGUGAGCCAUGACACUAUGAAUAAGUACCUCUCGAGCCUUGUUGAGAAAUCCCUCUUGGAUUUGGAAUGCUCCUACUGCAUUGAAGUUGGGGAGGACAAUCGCAGCGUUGAACCUUUGACGUACGGCCGCAUUGCUUCCUAUUACUAUUUGAAGCAUCCAACUAUUGGGAUGUUCAAAGAUCAGCUGAAACCUGAAAGCAACAUUGAAGAAUUGCUGUUAAUUCUCACAAACGCUGAGGAGUACACGGAUCUGCCUGUGAGACACAAUGAAGAUCAGAUGAACAGCGAACUGGCAAAACAUCUUCCAAUUGAAGUCAAUCCCCAUUCAUUUGACAGUUCACACACAAAAACACACCUCUUGCUGCAAGCCCACUUCAGUCAUGCCAUGCUGCCUUGUCCAGAUUAUGCAACUGAUACAAAGACGGUGCUGGACCAAGCAAUUAGAAUAUGUCAGGCAAUGCUGGAUGUUGCAGCACAUCACGGCUGGCUGGUGACUGCUCUGAGUAUAACCAACCUGGUGCAGAUGAUAGUUCAGGGUAGAUGGAUACAUGAUUCUUCCCUGCUGACUUUGCCCAAUAUAGAGCUGCACCACCUUUACCUUUUUCGGAAGUGGAGCCAGGGCAAAAGGAAGAGUGUGCAUGGAGGUUACCAAGGACCUAUUGAGUGUCUUCCCGAACUAAUGGCUGCCUGCGAAGGAAAAGAGAAUGUUUUUGCUUCCAUUGUGGACAGUGAAUUGCAAGCAGCACACAUUUCACAGGCUUGGAAUUUCUUGUGCCGUUUGCCAAUCCUGAACGUCAGCCUGAGCAUCAGGGGCAGUUGGGAUGACUCCGUUCAGGCACAGAGCGAGGUGCCUGUUCCUUCCUUGACAACAGACCCACGAGAUGACAAAAGGUGGAUCAAGCUACAUGCUGAUCAAGAGUAUGUGCUCCAGAUAAAUCUGCAGAGAUCCCAGAUGGGGUAUCAGAAGGGAAAGCAAGACAGUAAAGCUGUGGCUCCUCGGUUCCCCAAAGUUAAAGAUGAAGGAUGGUUUUUGAUAUUGGGAGAAGUUGAUAAAAAAGAACUCAUCGCCCUGAAAAGAACUGGAUACGUCAGAAAUCGAAAUACUGUUUCUGUUGCUUUUUACACUCCAGAAACUCCUGGAAAGUGUAUCUACACACUGUAUCUCAUGAGCGACAGUUACCUUGGCAUGGACCAGCAGUACGAUCUUUACCUGAACGUCAUACCAGCGAGUGCUUCAGCACAUGAUGUCACAGCAGAGGCACCUGAUGCCAUGAGUCACCUGGCUCUGAAGUAA